GCGGCCCGGGCCUGGGGCCGGGGGCGGCCUGUGCCGGCCUGGGAGCCGCGGCCGCCGCGGUUUCCGUCCCGGGAGAGGCUGUUGGUGCUGCCCCUGGCUCCCCCGCACCUGUCCCGCAGGGAGAGCGGCCGGCGGAGGGAAGAGCGAGGUGCGGGGUAGCGGCGUGACCGGCCCCCCAGCCGCGGGGCGUCUUGUGCUCUUCGCUUCCCGAGGGUGCGGGACGCGGGUCCCGGCUCCUGCGCCCGGGGGGGGUGUGAGGACGUUGUUUCUGGGAGAAGGAUGCAGACUAUCAAGUGCGUAGUUGUUGGAGAUGGCGCGGUGGGAAAAACUUGCCUUCUCAUCAGCUACACCACCAAUGCCUUCCCAGAAGAGUACAUCCCUACUGUGUUUGACAACUACAGUGCCCAAAUGACUGUUGAUGGCCGGACAGUUAGCCUGAAUCUUUGGGACACUGCAGGCCAGGAGGAAUAUGACCGCCUGCGCACACUCUCGUAUCCUCAAACCAACGUCUUCGUCAUCUGUUUCUCCAUCGGCAGCCCCUCGUCCUAUGCAAAUGUGAGGCACAAGUGGCAUCCUGAAGUCUCUCACCACUGCCCAAACGUUCCCAUUCUUUUAGUGGGCACGAAGAGAGACUUGAGAAAUGACCUGGAAACAGUUAAAAAGUUGAAAGAGCAAAGCUUGGCUCCCACUACCCCGCAGCAGGGAACUUCGCUGGCCAAACAAAUUGGAGCAGUCAAAUACUUGGAGUGUUCAGCGUUGAAUCAGGAGGGUGUUCGCGAGGUGUUUGCUGAAGCUGUGCGUGCAGUUCUGUAUCCUGUGACAAAGAAGAACACAAGAAAAUGUGUCUUAUUAUAGUUACCUUGGGUGAUGGAUGUUCGAAGUUGACUAGGAUCUUGGAGGGCUUUUUAAUGCAUUAAAUUGAAGAUUUGCAUCUUGCACUAACAGCUCUAAGCAGAAAUGGUUUAUGCAACGAAUAUUCUUGCAGUCUUACUGCUUCAGGGAAACUGAAACAGAACAGGUUUUGCUUUCUUUUCUGGCUGAGAGGUCAAAUAUCUACUUUAUUUCUAAAGUUCCAGUCGUCAGCUUCUCCAGGGAUCACUUGGCUUCUGUACUUACUUAGUGGAGGAAAAUAAAAGAAGGGACUUCUCUGAAGCCAGACUUCUUUACUAAACAGCCAUCAGUGACUAGAUUUGCUGAAAAGCACAAAUCCUGCUAACUUUGGUUCAAGUGUAGCUGCUGCUUUUCCCAUCCCUUAUUUACUGAUUGAAUUUGUUUUACAGACAGAAGUCUGGCUGUCCCGUUGUUUUAAAUUGUCAAUGUAAAGCUUGAAAACAAUUUGUUUACAUGCAAAGAUGCCUGAAAUAUUACUGAGAUUCACCUUAUUUAUAUGAAGUGUUAGCAUAAGGCAUGUUUAAUGCAAUGAGCAAUACCCAGGGAACGCCCGCAAGGAUUUUAUUAUUAGAAGCAGAAGCUGAUUUCUCCUACUGUAGGGGACAUGGGAUAGUGGUGACUCACUCACAUGAGUGAUUUUCAUACUGAAUUGGAGAGAUGGAAGAGUAGUUCAGAUGCAAGUCUUCCGUAAUCUUCUAAACUGAGUUUUUAUUUCACUCUCUGAAGAGACUUUGCACCCUGAGAAUAAAGUUAACAGUUACUUUCCUGGACCGACUGAGGUAGUUGGGAUGGCACUUUUCAAACCAAGAUUCUGAGUGUUAUCCCUUUGCUGAAAGCCAGAGACUUGAUAGCAGCCCAUUUGCUCUUGAGGAACUAAUUGCUUCACUUCUUAAUGUUCUUGGGGCCACCACCUAAGAUUUUUACAAAAAAUCCCUUUGUUUUUUUUUCUGGGAGAACACUGACAAGAGAAUUUGGAGGUUCUGUUUACAGAAACCAGGAACCCUCGUUUUUUCCUGGCAACUCACUGAUGGUUUCAGUUAAAUUUGUAAUGGUUAGCCAGUCACUGGAUAGGUUUACCUGGGCAGUUUUCUCCUCUCUACUAGGUGAUCAGUUAUUAUAGACUGUUCUAACUGAAGUUUUAUUUACAUACUUUUUAACCUUUUCUUGCUAGCUGUAGUGAGUUACAGCUGGAUUUCAUUUUCAGGAUGUGCACUGUUCUUUAUGUGUGAUUCCAGGACCCAGCUGAGGAGGGAGAGCAUGAAACCCUCCUUAGACUUAACCAGACAGCUUGGUGGUGUGAAAGCAGCGUGCUUCAGAGAUACUUGUGUGAAACCAAUGGUGCUGGACUGGACUUUGUUGUCUGAAGUUGACAGUGCUGUCUUUGUCUGGAUGCAGCAUCAACUGAUAAUUCACAACGUGCUUUCUUUUGAUUCCCACACAUGCAAAACUGUACUGGACAGACAAAAAAAAAACUCACCCAAAAACAUUUUAGCAAGAUAACAGAAAAUACAUCUACAGGGUUAUUGGUGAUCUUGCUUUACCUGAUACAGACAAAAACACCAAUUGGAUAGAAAUAUUUGUAUUUGUGCCCUAAUUCCCCUCUUUGAAGAGGAUGUGCCUUUCUUCAGCUGGUGUAACUGACGCUGACCCUAACUACAGUUGUUGUGUGUCUGAGGGGUGCUCUCACUGGUACUGCUUUAGCAAACUUCAACCCGUAGAUUGUAAAGUGCAGUUAAUCCAAAAAUGGGGCUAGAGGACCAACGCAGAGUUCCAAACCUUGCCUGACCACAGGCAGUGCCAGAACUCCUGUUCUGCAGGAUAUUGGCAGAAGAGACUCAACGUGUUUUUCUUCACCAAGUGCCAUUGCCUGGAGUGUCUUUGUGUCUUUUACACUCAUACAAGUGCUAUUCCACAUGUUGCUCCUACCACAGUGUCCUGCAGGCUGUGAGGGCCUGGGAGUAUUUCACUGAGGUAACCUCUACUCACCACAUUCUGCCUUUAGUACUGGGCCUUUCAUGUGGGCUUGACUUGCAGGCAGCAAUUAACUCUGUGCCUUGUAAUUCCAGAUUAUUUUCUGUAGGUAAAUUCCAGCAACCAGGUAAAUAGAGUUUAUAAUGUUUAAAGUGUAUUUAUUUAAGCCAGUGCACAUGUGUAAAUGCUGGUCAGACCUAAAUCAACUGUCUAGUUACCCUGGUGCAAGCCCAUAACCUUUGCUUCAUUCAGAGAUGUAUGUUAAAAAGUUUGUGAUAAGUUUGAACUGCUCUUAAAUAGACAACAGGCACCUUUUUUUUUUUUUUUGCUACAAAUGUUUGCAAUUUUGUACUGAAGCUACUACUGUUUUAAAAAAUUUUUACUUUUUUUUUUUUUUAACAUACUGAAAUCUUUUAGUUCUGCAUCUUUUGUGGUUAUUCCUAACUGGAUUACAGUAAUUUUGUGGAGAAGAAAUCCUGUGAGCAAGUAUUAUUGCAUACACCUCCCCUGUUUCUGUAGGCUCACAGAGCAGCCCUCCUGGUGUUAACUGGAAGAGAAAAUGGUGAGAUAAAAUUCAACUACUUAACCAAUGUAUUUGAAUUUAUUAUGUUAUUGAUUGCAUUAUGCUAGAACACUUUAUCCCCAUCUAGAUGACUUAGUAAAUGGAUUGCACAAUAGUCAUAAGGAGAAUAACAUGAUAGUGAUGAAAAUGAGCAUGAAAGUGAACUUUGAACACCGUAAAAAAACUACUUACUGACUUUGCAGUACCUCAUUAAUAGUCAUUUUAGAUGCCUUGUGUUUCUGUUGCUUUCUGCUGGGAUCAAAAGUCCUGCAGGCUGACAGCUGGUUUCCUCCAGCCUCUGCUUUUUGUUAGAAUGAGCUUCAGGAGUGAAUCCAGUUUUUCCAUUCAGCGGGCAUUUUCAGUCUGUGAUCUUCCCCUCCUUUUUUCCCCUCCUCUACAAUUCUUGGCGUGCUUUAUUGCAAGCAGUCCAGUGCUUCAGCCUGCAAUCCUUUCCCUUCCUCUCACAUGCUUUCUCUGGGGGCAGGUAACAAAUAUACCUGGCUUAAGCUGUGCAGGUUUCCCCAGCUGUCCAAGAUCCCUCAGUGUGUCCCUGAGCAGAAAUUCAGUCUGUAUGUCUUAAUUCACAGAAGAGACUCUCUAUGAAGAGACCAGUUUGAAUCUUUCGGUUUGUGAAUGAUGUCUGAACUACUCGUGUUUCUCUGCACCUGAAGCCACCGUGCGGGAAUUCUGUGCCCAGAGGAUCUUCUGGAGCACGCUGAGAUGUGGAAGUGCUUCCUCCAGUUUACAGCUGUGGCUGUUCCCGUGUGAGCUGCAGAUGAGAAGAGCUUCCCUGAGCCUUGUGGCUCUGCUGAGACACGUCUGGGUGCUGGGGCUGCUGCCGAGGGGGACGACCCCCCUGGGGGGCUGUGGGGAGCCCCCUCAGCAGCGGCAGCCCAGGACUCUUUUUAAGUGUGGUACUGAUCCAUAUACACUGGCAACCUGAUUUUAUACUAUCAAAGGACUUGUAUUACAGCUAACGGUUUUAAA